GAGAGGUGGCUUGAAGCCAGCUUAAAGGACACAAGCAAAAGUUGUUAGAUAGCCCGAAGGGGCGAAUAUAGAAAGAGGAGGAGUCAGUUUCCAGUGGCGGCGUUACCUCCCGUCCAGCUGCCUUUUCUCUCUAAUUGUCUCUCGUCUCCCGGCUGCUCCUGCAAUGUGGCAGUCGCUGCAGUGAGAGUGCGGGGCUAGCGGAUUCUCCUUGAAUGAACCCUGACUGUGCAACGCAGUGAGAAGCAGCCGCUCAUCCACUGUGCUGGGGGGGCGGCCUCAGAAGAAAGAACGCUACCUCAUACCAAAGCAGCAGUUUCCAGUUCAUCCCAGUAAACUACCAAGGCUGAAAAGGGAUAAAGGAUAUUAAUUCACCAAUCAGGCCUGAAUCCAUCAUCGUUUGGGAGCAGAUACUCUAUGGCCGUGGAGGUCCAUUGGAUGGGGUUUGAUACCCUGAAGAUGGGCCUUUCGCAGACAGCCUUUAACCUGAUCGUCACCAUUCUGCUUGGUGUGGGGGCUGUUCAGGCCCUUGAGAUGUCCGUGGGGAAGAUUCCCUUCCUGGAGGCCGUGAAUGGCAGCACAGUCAUGUUGCCCUGCACCUACUCCAGCUGCAUCGGCAUUGAGAACCUUUAUUUUAACUGGCAGUUCAACGACAACGGUACCAUGCAAAAGGUGUGUGAGGCCAUGAUACCGACAGACGGGGCGGUGCCCAAUGUGAAGAUGUACAAAGAGCGCUUUGAAUUUGUGGGGAAGAACAAAAACAACAACAUUUCAAUCUUGUUGUGGAACAUCACCUUUGAGGAUGGAGGCGAGUACACUUGUUUUGGACGUAACCGCAAAGAAAAGGGCAAGAACCACAGCGCCAUCUUCAGACUCAUUGUCGUGGACGAGUUGAGGGUGGUCGACAACACGCUGACCAUCAUCAUCGCCUCAGCGGUGGGCGGAGCCAUUGCACUCCUCAUGGGCUUCAUGCUGCUGAAGAACUUCACUCUCUUUGUCCUUUCCAAGCUUGAGGAGAAAAAUAAGGAGUGCCUUGUAACUUCAUCAGGGAUCGACAACACAGAAAACGGCCUCUCGGGAUCCAAAGUGGAUUCAAAACCCAAAACCCCAAAACAGAAAUGAGGAAGUGCAUGUAUUCUAAAGCAUAGGAGUGCUGUUAUGUAUGCGCCUUCAUUGCAGAAUUGUACUGUACAAGCACGCUAGCACACAAAUAAUGCAAUAGUGUUUGUUUUAUCUGCACUAAAAAAAACACAACCAAAGACACUUUAGCUCACUGUUUUUGCUCAUAUGUCGAACUCCAUAAGCCAUCAGCAUAUUUUCACCAUAUAUACAUAUGACAGUGUAAUUAUACAUUUCAUUGACUGCAUCUUUGUCGUGUGUUAUUAUUAUGUAUGCGGCACAAUUUCAAAGCGCAUUAAUAAUACUGAUUCCAUGUUGCUCUAAAAAAAUACCAUAUUGACCUGAAUAUAAGACGACCUUGCAGUCCCUCUUUUUCAUAUCUAAUUUUAGGAAAAACAUUUAUUCAAUUCAUCACAUUUGACUUAUCAUAUUUCUUUGCAAGACUGCACGGUGGGACGCAGGCCACACAGCUAAAAGAAGACCUGAGUUUGAUUCCCCCCUCGGCCAUCUUUGCAUGUUCUCCCCGUGCAUGUGUGGGUUUUCUCCGGGGAACCCGGUUUCAUCCCACAUUCCAAAAACAUGCUAGGUUAAUUGGUGACUCCAAAUUGUCCACAGGUAUGAAUGUGAGUGUGAAUGGUUGUUUGUCUAUACGUAUGUGCCCUGUGAUUGGCUGGCCACCAGUCCAGGGUGUACUCCGCCUUUCGCCUGAAGUCAGCUGAGGUAGGCUCCAGCAUACCAGUGUCCCUCGUGAGGAUAAGUGGUAUAGAAAAUGGAUGGAUGGACUACAGCAAAACACAGUGAGAGCCAUCAUCCAAAAUCCCGACUUAUAUUUAGGUCAAUAUGGAAUGACUAUAAACACUAUGAGUGAUUCUCAAAUGUGUCAAAGUGGAUUAAUGUCAUGGCAGUUAUUAUAAAACACAGUCAUUUAUUGGACACAAAUAAUGGACAAUUCUCGAGGGAAAACUAACCAUUGUAGUAUGGAACUUACAUAGUCACACAUUACAUAACUGAAAUGUCAUUUUAUACAGUUAUGAUAGUUAUGGCUUACCUUUAAACACGUUCAUUAUUCUUGUCUUGGCUUGAUAUCAAACAGAGGUGCCUGUUGUUGCAUCCCAGUUCCUCCGCAAGUGAGGUCGCAGUACAUGCUGUAAAACAUGACAAAGAUAAUGACAACGUAAGAUAAUAAAAAGACAAUCUCUCUCCCUCUUACAGAAAAAUUUACUGUCGCUGCUUCUAUGGAAAAUAACCAAUGCAAUUUAUGCAUGUAACAUGAGCCAACAAGUAGAUAAAGCUUUAAAAAUAAGAGACGUAUAUAUUCUAUUACAUUAAAAGUAAUAGCUUUAGCUUUGGGAUGUACAGUCAUUGUAACCCAUAUGUCUGUAAAUUACUGUAUAUGGCUAAAGCUAUAAGUGCUAUGUAUUGUCUGUGUCCACCGCAUCACUCCAUGCAUACCAUAGGGGAGCUAAAAAUAUGCUUUGUCUUCCCCAUGAAGUAAGAACAUGAUUCUAACUCCAUGACCAUGUGACACGGUGUCAUAUCCACGGGUACUGAUUGUGCCAAGCAAGGAUAAUCGUGAAGUAUCAUGUCAUGAUAUGAAUGGAAACUGUACGUAUUUCUUUUCCAGUAUUGUACAUUGAGAAGAAUACCUCCAAAGAGCGGGCCAAAUGUGAAUGUAGAUGCCUUCAACAGGUGUUACAUCAGCAUACUGUAACGGCAUUUCUUGUUGUGCCUCCAUUCUUUAACUGUUGAAUUGAAGCAAUACUGCUGUUGUACUCAUGGAGGAUGUGUGUCAUUGCAGGGUUAUCAAUGCAUUCAUUGAAGUGAGGGCUAAAAAAAACACAAAGAAAGCAAGCAAUUGAGGUCAGGUUAUCUUUGUGACAGCAGAAGAUGAGAAGCAAUGGAGUGGCUUUAAGUGGAAAGAAUGAGAAGAGGCUGGAUUGGUACUGCAGAAAGUGUGCAAUGAUCUCAUAAUCCCAUCUCAGGGUUCAGAGAAUUUCAGGUACAGAGUCAAACAAAAGUGAGUCCACCCCUCAGUUUUAUUACAGUAUUUCUUCUCUAGGGACAAUGCUAUAGAAAUAAAACCUGGAUGUACAGUUAGCAACGUCUAUGGCAGGAAGAUUCCUAAUUAACCAUUUUUGGUUCAUUGGAAAUUAUUCUGCGAUUUUUUUCCCUUGAGUCAGUAAUAAUUUAUGAAUAUGUGACAGUCCAGUUCAAAUGUACAGCAUGUUCUAUUGUUUAAAAAAAAUACAAUUUACAUGUUAAUGCCUUCACUGAUGUCGAGAGAUCUUGCACUUUAAGGCUGUAUGGCUGACGAGUUGUUAGCAUGCAGGACACACAGCUAGGACAUCCGGGUUCGAUUCCCCGCUCGGUUUGCAUGUUUUUUUUUACUCCAGUUUCCUCCCACAUUCCAAAAACAUGCUAGGUUAAUUGGCGACUCCAAAUUGUCCAUAGGUAUGAAUGUGAGUGUGAAUGGUUGUUUGUCUAUAUGUGCCCUGUGAUUGGCUGGCCACCAGUCCAGGGUGUACCCCGCCUCUUGCCAGAAGACAGCUGGGAUAGGCUCCAGCACCCCUGCGACCCUCGUGAGGAUAAGUGGUACAGAAUAAUAUUUUAAUUAAGUAUUUGUUUGUUAAUCUUUUUUCAGUGCAUAGCAAAUCUAUACUGCUAUAUAAGCUGUACACUGAUUAUUCUAAAGUAUAUGGUAUCAUCCCUUGAGAAGAAAUAAUAAAAUAGUGGACUUAUUUUGUGACUAAAAAGGUUUUCAGUACAACAAUGCAAUAUAUGUCUGCAAAUGAAGAAUUCCGACUAAUACUUUAGGGUUAUAAAAUGUAAAAACAGCAAGAAUUUGUCCUGAUUUAAGAAAAAACCCAAAUGACUGACUUUUGCAUCUUGAUUGAGCUACACAAUGCGAUUCAGCAAGAAUGUCCUCUGUGUGAACUUGAGGACAACAAAACAAACUGCAGCAUUGUUGUUAGAUACUUGAACUGUAUGGAGACUUUAUUUGGGAAUUGAUGACAUAGCUUCUGUUUGUUUAUGUGGUGAGAGCAGUGUGAUGAUCACCAGUUCUAUGCAAAUGACGAAUAUAUGUAAGUGCAUGCUCUGAACAAUUGUAACAAUGAUCCUCUGCGUCACUGUGAUGAUAUUGCAAGCAAUAGAAUCUUCCCGAGCCGGAUGUUGGGAUGCAGGGAGAAGAGCGAGAGGAGCAUCUGGUGGGUUGGGACCCCUUUAGUUGUUUAGACUGCAGACUUCAUAUCAAUUCAUUCCCCACCUCUGCACGCCAGUAUUCAGCUAUACGAUGCUCUCGCUCUCCUUCAAAUGACGUCCACGCCUUUAGAGGUUCUCCCUGUAUGUCAGCUCUUUCUCUGUUGGUUACUGAAACAUGAAAUAAAAUCAAGU